GUCUGGGCUGGGGCAUCCCAUGGCUGGGGAGUCACACACUGGCUGGCUUGUGACUCGCCUGCCCAUUGUGACAUGCCCCCUGCUGGCUGGCACAGCCUCAUCCCCUCACUGCCAGGCUUGGCUCUGACAGAGCGAGAGCCGGCACGUGCUGCUGAGGAACGCUGAGCCAGCCGUUUCAGCUUUGCCACCGGCAGCAGAAAGUGGGUGGACCAUAUACACGCAGUCUUCUGACCACUCCUGACUCCAGGAUGGCUGAGGAAGUCCCCAAGGCCCCCUCAAAGCCCAUCGGUGCCUGGGAGGAGACGAAACCUCCCCAACGGAAGAGUUGGCGAAAGAGCCCACAGCGGAAGCAGGAGCUGUGUGUGCCUCAUCCCUUCCGUGCCGAUUCACCAGCCUACUGUAACGCCUGCUUGAUGAGGCUAGACUGGGAGGAGAAAGAGGCCCUGGACUACAUCAACGCCUUUCUCAGGAGCAAUGAACAGGACGAGGCCAAGAAACUCAAGUUCUUGGAUUCCAUCAGCACCCUCAGAAGCCUGCCUGCUUUUAUGGACAAAGCCCUGCUAGUGGAGAAGAUAAAGGAGCUGAUUGAUCACGAGUCCGUCGACUCCCUGACCGGCGUGAUGCGUCAGCAAGCAAUGCUCGCCAUCAUGAAGCUGAGCAAAGUGAAGCUACCGGUGCUGAUCCUGACACGACCCACCCUGCUCACCACCUGCUUCUCCAGCAUCUUCUCCCUGCCUCCAGCACACACCAUGGAGGAGGUGGAGGCUGCUCUCUACACCAAAACUUUGAAAACCAUGGAUGAGAUGCUGAAGGCCUUGGUGUGCGAGGAUAAGGAGCCCAACCUUCUGGUGCUGCAAAUCAUCUUGGAGGUCUGGAGGCAUGGCGGCAGGAAGGGGACUAGUCCUGUAGGUGGGGUCCUGCUCCCCUGGACUACAUCCAAGGAGGCACAUGAGCGGCUGAGGGCAGUGGGAAGGAUCAGGUGGCUUAUGGAACUCAUGGGGUCUCAGCGCAAAUUCCAGAUUUUUGGGAAGUACUUCGACCCGUCUGAAGGCAUGGACUUUCUCCUCACUGCUAUCAACGGCAUGAGAGACUCCAGCGUCCAUGACGCAGUGACGGCCAGGAACAUGCUGCAUAUGAUCCUGGAGGUUCCCGGCCUCAGCUUGGGGAGGGUGUCAGAGGCUGUGAGGAGCAUUCAUAACCACCUGGACUCCAUCAGCGAGCCACUUGCCCGGCAGGAGCUGCGCAGGGCCCUUCUCCUGCUGGGUUCCCAGUUCAGCGAGGAGGUGGUCAGAACCCUGCUGGGCUGCUCACUGUCAUGUGACAGUGUUGCUGCGGAGAUGUGGAAGAUGCUGACAUCCCAGCCCAAGAGCACAGAAAAGAUCCUUAGGGAGCUGGUCAGCAGGCUGCAGGAGCCGGCUCGGCGACGGCAUCAGCUCUCUGAGAGACCGGCUGGCUUCCCCCCCUUGGCCGAUGAAGGUUGGUGCUAGUUAAUGGCUUACAAAUUAACAGACAAUAUUGGAAGAAGAGAAUGGAAAAGUUUUAGGAAAUAAGCUUCAUACAUUUGCACUGAAUUUCGGUAGUGAAAAUAGACCCCUCUCAGGCACUUUCACUACAACUUUUCGCCUUUGAACUGGACUUGUAAUUGGAAUCCACUGCAUUUGAAAAAAGCAAAAAGUAAAAGGGAAGUGGAUCAUCCCUUUUGUCUUUAAAAACUGGUUUCUGAAGCAAGCAAAGGCAGUUGGCAGCAUCAAAAUUACUUGCUGUUCUGUACACGCAGCUGGCUCCUUAUUCUGACUCUCCAUAGUGCUAAAUGUUUCACCCGUUAAAGAACGUGUUGGCCAUCUGAGUGUGGCAUAGUUUGGAUUGUGGGUUUUAGCUGAAGGUGGCAAGAGAGCCUGUUUAGAUGCCUGCUUACAGGCUUCCAUCAUGAUGUGCGUAAUAUUAGUCUUUAAAUCUAAAUGUCAAAGUGCCAGACUCUAAAUGGAAUGUUGUGGAUUCUUGAUGUGACAUUUCUUCAGAUUUAGUUUUCAGCUACAGAUGUUUGUUGAAGUGAGAAUCUCUUCAAAUAAAUCUACCUUUCGUUCCCA